CCUCCUCAGAUACAUAUAAAGCUGACUGAAGUUCAGGUCUGUCUCUGUGUGUCUGAUGGUCGUGAUGUUCAGGCUACAUCAAGCAGCACUGCUCUUCACUCAGCUGUUAGUGAUGCGGAUCAUUUUUGCAGGCCCUGCUAAAGAAGAUCACAAAGUUAUGUUGGUGUCCAGAGGAGACUCAGUGAUGUUGACCUGCAACACAUCCACAAAGAAUGCAUCAGUAAUCUCCUGGACCAAAGGCAGAUCUGUUUUUAAAUAUUCCAUUUCGUUAAAUCGCACCUCUUCAAAUUUCCCAUUUCACAGACUGAAAAUAAAUCAUGAGUUACCGUCAAAGCUGAUUAUUUUUAGUGCUCAACCUGAAGAUGAAGGACUUUAUAGAUGUAACAUAACUCACAGAAAAGGCAUAAACAGCAUUACGUGGAACUUGACUGUGUCUGAGAUCCUGAAAGAAAACAUUUCAUUAAAGGAUUUUCUGUACAUACUCCCACCUGCAAUUGGAUUCCUUCUAUGGGGCAUCAUGGCAGCUGUCCUCCUCUGCAGUAAAAACUGGACCAUGACCCCGAACAAUGACCCAGACAAGGACAGGACCUUAAGUUGUGUCGAGUAUCAUGUUCAGCUGGGAAGAGAGCUGACCCCUCAACAAUCCCACAGUUUGGCUGCAUACAUGACAAGCAACUCUUUGAGAGGUUCAGCCUCUGGUGGACUGACAAGAAGACAAUGCAGAUAAAACCUGAAAAGGAAGCAAAGUAAAGUUUGGACACAGAAUACAAGAGAGACGACACAUUGAUCACACAUCAAACAAGAGCCAAAUGCCUCCAGAGAAUAAUAACCUUCUAUAAUAUUUCUAUAUAAUUGUUUUAAUGGAAAAACAAUGUUGCUACGUUCUUUGAAACCUCAUGUCAGAUUACUGUACCUGCAUGUGACCAUAACUUUACAUGCAAAAACAUUUUUGGUUCUUUUUGUUUGUUUGUUUGUUUGUUUGUUUCUCCUAUUUAACGUUUUGUUUUUAUUUUAGGUAUACAAAUAUUAAAUCAUCAGCGUUCAUUCGUUCUUGUUCAUCUGUUUCAUCAAUGCUGCAAACAUGUUUAGAGCUUCUUCUUCUGUUUCUUUGGUUUCUUGCCAUUAACUUUAUGUGUCAUGUGAUGGGGUCCCCUACUUUUACCAAAACAACAAAAGUUGAUUUUGCCUCAUAAGAUUUCUGAAUCUCUAAUUUGUUGUUUACUUCUUGAUAAUAAUAAACAAUCUAAAACAAUAUUGCACCGUAUUCUUCGCCUCAUCACAUUCUGAUCUGGAGUUUCACCCUCACGGCCACUGCAAACAUUUUUUCACUACUUCUUGUUCUCAAAGAUUGUGACACCAUUGAAGCUGGAUUUAUGUCAAGAUUUGAUUGCUGUGAUUUUAAUAAAACUAAAUUCAGGUUCCAUUCAAAUGAUGUUUUUGUGAAGAUAUAACAGCUACAUUUAUGUUACAGACAGAUCUGGAUAUUCUGUUAUCAUUUAAACAAGAUUAAAAUCCACUCUGCAUACAGUACAUGUCUAUUCUAAUGACAUGUUAUCGAACAGACAGAUGCACUGUGUUACACAGACUGUGAGCAGGUUAAUAAGUAUCAGUUUAUAGCACACCACACCUACUAACAGAAAAGUGAUGUGUUUGUGUUCAGUAUAUCUGUGACCCAUCCUGAGCCCAUGCUAUUGAAAGUGUGCUGAUUAUGUGGUCUAUGCUUCUUUAACACCUUU